UAGACAGACCUGGCAUGAUGCUGUGGCUGCUGGUCCUGACUCUCCCCUGUCUGGGGGGCUCCGUACCUGUGACCUCAGAUCCUGGCCCAGGGACUGAGCUGGUGGGCAUCGUGGGGGGGCAUGAUGCUGCCGAUGGGAAGUGGCCUUGGCAGGUGGGCCUGUGGUUCUGCCAUCCAGCAAGUUCUGAGUGGAUUCUUUGGUGUGGGGGCUCCCUCAUCCACCCCCAGUGGGUGCUGACUGCUGCCCACUGCAUUCCAGGGAGAAACCCAGAGACUCGGGACUUUAAGGUCCAACUAGGACAAGUGAGACGCUCACACAAUGACAGUGUGAAGGUGGCUAGGAUCAUCCAGCACCCCAAGUACAGCCUUGAGCAGGGACCAGAAUGUGGGGCAGACGUGGCACUUCUCGAACUGGAGGCCCCCGUGCAACCAUCUAACCUCGUCAGGUGGAUCCGCCUCCCGCCAGCCUCCUCCGCAUUCCUCCCAGGCACACGGUGCUGGGUGACUGGCUGGGGAAACACUGCUUCUGAAGAGCCAAUGCCGCCCAAAACUCUGCAAGAAGUGAUCGUCCCCAUCGUGGCCGAUGAGAUCUGUCUUUGGCAAUACCUCAAGAUCGGCAAGGUUAUCAGGGACGACAUGCUGUGUGCCGGGAGCUGGCGCCGAGACUCCUGCCAGGGAGACUCUGGGGGCCCCUUGGUCUGUAAAUGGAGGGACACCUGGGUCCAGGUAGGCGUGGUGAGCUGGGGGGAGGGCUGCGGUCUUCCCAACUUUCCUGGAGUCUAUGCCCGAGUGACAUCCUUCUUGCCUUGGAUCCGCCGUCAUAUUCGUUCCUCUCCUUGAGCCCGGGGCCGGGCAAGGAAGCUGCCCAUGAGAUGAAGACAGGCCCUCCAGGGUGUCUGGGGGACCCUCCCUGCUCCCUCCCAGAGCCAGCUCUUCAUUGCACCUAGCGCGCCUCCCCCCUCACCCCCCACCUGCUCUGAGAUCAUCCCGCCUCAGCACCUCCAUCAGCCUCUCUCCCCUGACAGGCAAAAGGGAGAGGUGGGGUGUGCUCUGAAGUCGGGCGGGCACUGCAGGACUCCUGCCUCCUCCCCACCCCCUGUAGCUCAUUAAACUGCAUGAAAAACUG